AUGUCUUUGAAAGAACAAAAGGAGCAAUUCGUGUCCAACCUCAAUGGUGGGCUGAUUGAAGAGGUGUACCUUGUUACUGGAGUGGCUAUAGCAGGUUAUGUAGCCCAUGCUAUCUUUAAAAAGUACCUUCUUCCAGGCCUUAACUGGGCCCUGUCUGGACCCUUACUUUGGGCUAUAGAGUUCUUCUUUGAUGAGCUCUUGUUGCUUCAGGCAAUUACUGUUUACAGUUCGAAGGUGACCAAGAUAUACGUCAAUGCGUUGGGGCUAGCUGCGUUGAUCUUUGUGUAUGCUAUAGUGGAGAAAGGGAUCCUGAAACCGAGGAAACAGACUCAACCCAAGAAACUGAAGGCUGCUACGGAUGAAUUUCUUCCUAGAAAGUCGUUUAUUACGGCUUACAGAGCACAUAUGCUUGUGAUCACAAACCUAGCCAUUUUGGCGGUGGACUUCCACGCGUUUCCUAGACGUUUUGCUAAGGUAGAGACCUGGGGAACGUCUUUAAUGGAUCUAGGCGUGGGCUCGUUCGUGUUUUCCAUGGGACUUGCUAAUUCUCGUGGCGUGAUCAAGAAGAAGUUGGCUGUGGGCCAGAAAAAGGUCAGUUACGGUAAGUUGGUUAUUGGUAACACUGUGAAAGCAUUGCCUGUGUUGGGAUUAGGCCUUGUUCGGUUGGUUAGCGUGAAAUCGCUCGAGUACCAGGAACACGCCACUGAGUAUGGAAUUCAUUGGAAUUUUUUCGUGACUUUGGGUCUUUUGCCGGUUGUUUUGGGUAUAAUCGAUCCUAUUUUGAACGUGGUGCCUCGGUUCUUCGUUGCCUUGGCAAUUGGAUCCCUCUACGAAUGGACUUUGAACAACACUGCCCUUCUUAGUUUUCUUCUUGACGAAUCCAACCGGUUUGAGUCGCUUUUUGCCAUGAAUAAGGAAGGCCUCUGGUCCUUCUGUGGAUACUUCAGUAUCUUUAUAUUUGGCCAGUCGUUUGGCUCGUUCGUCUUGACAUCCAGACCAACGCCAAACAACUUAUGGGGCUCUUAUUCUAAAGGCAGAGGCAUUCACCUUUUCACCGUUUCCACUACGGAAGGACUUGUGGUGAUGACUUUAAUCACCCACGGCCUUUUCUACAUUGCCAGGGAGUCUUUCCAUACUGGUGGCAUUUCCCGUCGCUUGGCCAACCUCCCUUACGUUCUUUGGGUGGUAAGCUACAACGCCGUAUUCUUACUCGGCUACGAUUUGGUUGAACGGCUCACCGGUCCAUUGAGUCUGACGGUACUCGAUGCGAUCAACGCUAAUGGUCUCGCCACGUUCCUUUUGGCCAAUUUACUCACUGGACUCAUCAACAUGACCAUCAACACAUUAGCAGUAAACGAGCCAACCACCUACGCCAUUCUAAUCGGCUACGCUCUUGUCUGGACCUCGGUGGCUGUGUUCUUGCAUCAACAUAAGAUAUACAUUAAGCUUUAG